AUGGUAACUCUGCGCCCCAGCCUCUCGCGCUCGGCGGCUGAGCGAGGCGCAGCCAAUCAGAAGCUGCAGGCGUUCUUGGGGACCCACUCCUACCCUCCACGUGUGGGCGGGGGUCAGGAGGUGCGGGGAAGAGGCGGAGCGUGGGCUGCGGAGGCCCACUCAGCCUCACAGGCGCUGGCUGCCGGCCUGAUGUGCUGGGGCGGCGCGGGGACACUUCCGGAGUUAGCUGUGCAAGCGCCCGCGCUCCAGCGCCGCGUCCCCUCCCUCCUAGAGGGGGCGUCACCUGCAAGAAUUGGACCUUCACGUGGGGUCCAGGACCUUGCGGGGGAUCCCGGGUUCCAGACCCUCCUGUGA